AUUUGAACGUAUUCCUUCAUAUCCAACCAUACCCUCUUUUAUUUUUUAAUUAUGGUUGACCUUUCCGAAAGCACCAAGCUGGGGUUUCAUGAAUACGACAAAUCUGUCAAUAAACCUUCAUAUGAUGAAACCGUAGGAAGCAUUUUACCUUCUUAUUCCAUGUUUACGAACACUAUUCGUAUGAAUGCCACAGUUCCAGAAAAUGAAGAAAGGGAUGAUAACCCACCCCCAAACUACCAGGAUACCCCUUCAAUCACGUCAGAUGAUCAUGGUACUUCCUUAUCUUCCAGUUCCCACGCGCAAUUAUCGCUCGGAGCAAGCGAUUCCGCAAACACCAGAUCCACUACUACUGAGGAAGACGACGAUCUCAUUUCCAGUUUAAACAAUAACUUCAUUAUUGCUGAUGAAAACACCCACGCUUGGCAGGAAACGAUUUUAGAUAAUAUUCACCGGUUGCCUAAUUUGACAUUUGCAUCUCAC